GACAGAAUUUCCCCAAAAGGGAGGUAGACACCCCCUGAGAACAGAUUUCCCAAUAUUUAUUUUAAUUUAAACCCAGAGUGUUAUUAUACCCUCUGGCCUCCCGGCCGUUCCUCUGAGGCCAGACCCUCAAUUAAGUGGCGUGGUGCAAACCUCCCCGGGUUUGGCAGCGGCGCGGGGUGCUAUGUUUGUGCACCAAAUCUGCCGGCGUUGAAGUUUGGGGGUUUUCUGGCACACGCUGUCGGGCUGGCGUCACUCUGGGCAGGGCGGCGACUGGCUUGGGAGGGGGCAAAAAUAGACGUUAUAUCCCAGCAGGGCAGCGGCAGGAGGAAAUCUGUGCCGGCCGACUCCACGGGUAGCCAUCGGUGCUGUGGCAGGAGAAAGCAGCCAUGAGGACUGCCCUGGUCUUCGCCUGCCUGGUCGGUAUGGCGUGUGCCUUCUCGGUCAAGAGCUGGCUGUGGCGAGCCAAGUCGGAUGACUCGGACGAAAACGCGGUGUUCAAGAACAGGCACCGGUAUUACCUGUACAGAUAUGUCUACGUGCAUCCCCUGCAGCAACGGUACCAGGGCACUGACUCAUCAGAGGAAGAGGGGGACGGCUCGGAAGAGGAGGAGGAAGGGGGGGAGCCAUCCCAUGCUGGCAUGGAGGCAGCUGGCCACCCCGCCGGAGCAGCCCCUGGGCACAGCCAGGGCAGGCUGGGAGGAGACAUCACUUCUCCCCAGCAGGGCAAGAGCUGCCAAGGACCCCUGAAGGGGGGCAGGAGCAGCACUGCUGGCAAGGGGGGUGACUCUGAAAAUGAAGACAGCGACGAGAAUGAGGAGGAGGAGGAAGAGGAGGAGGAGGAGGAGGAAGAGGUGGCCGAGAAUGAGAAUGGCAUCAAUGGCACAAGCACCAACACCACUGAGGAGGCAGAUGGACCUCACGGCAAUGGCACCGCAGUGGCUGAGGAGAGCACUGGCACAGCUGAGGAGGAGGAGGAAGAGGAGGAGGAGGAAGAAGAAGAGGAGGAGGAGGAAACUGAAGUGACCACCAUCAUCAGCACCACCGGUGAAGACGGGCUGUCCCAGGCAACAACCAUGGGAGAUGGGGGACCCACAGAUGCCACCACAGUUGGGGAGCAGUGGGAGUAUGAGGUGACGGCUGCAGACCACAGACAGGGGGAGGAGGGCACCACCGAUGGCAGCUACAGGGAGCAGGACGAGUACGCCCGUGGGGACAGCUACCGGGCCUAUGAGGAUGAAUACGGCUACUACAAGGGGCACGGCUAUGAUGUGUACGGCCAGGAUUAUUACUACAGCCAGUGAGUGGGCAGGGGGGCAGCCCCGGUGCUGCCCCCCUCCUGCCCCAUCCCACUCAGGAACAUGUAUCCAAAGGCUCACUGCAGCUGCUGCAUGCCAGAGGGGACACCAGGAGGCUUGCGGUGUGCACCGGCUCUGUCACAGGCUUUUUUCUGUAUCUCACAAAGCAAAAUGAAAUAAAGCAACUGAACUGAG